AUGUCCGAUGCAAGCAUUUACACCAUCGGCUGGAUCAGCGCCCUUAGACUCGAGUCGGUUGCUGCACAGGAAUUCUUGGACGAAGAGCACAAAGCCAUAGAGUGGCAGCAUCCCGACGAUGGCAACCAUUACACGUUGGGCAGCAUCGGCAAGCACAACGUUGUCAUGGCCGUGCUGCCUACAGGUGACAACGGAAUUGCGGCCGCGACAAUGGUGGCAAAGGACUUGAAGCACACCUUUAGCAACGUCAGGGUCUGUCUAAUGGUCGGCAUCGGCGGCGGCAUGCCGAGCGAUAGACACGACAUACGGCUAGGGGAUGUCGUCGUUAGUGCCCCGUCCUACCACGAGCCUAGCGGUAACCACGGCGGAGUAGUUCAGUACGACUACGGCAAGACGAUUGAGGCAAGGUGCUUCCAAAGCACACACUACUUAAACCGACCCCCAACCGCUCUCCUUACCGCUCUGAACGCGCUGCAGACAAGAUACGAACGCAAGGGAAACAAUAUCGAAGCAAGUAUUGGGGAGAUAAUCAAGGCAAGCCCGAGGCUGCGUAAAAAGUACGGCCGGCCGGAUCAAAGCACCGACAAGCUGUACUCGAGCCGGGACAGGAGCCUCGUCGAUCGGCCCGAACGCGGCGACGACGACGACAACCCGGCAGUUCACGAGGGCCUGAUUGCCUCUGCAGAGAGCUUCAUGGAAAACGCCCGAGUUCGAGAUGAGCUUGCCGAGGAGCUCGACGUGCUGUGCUUCGAGAUGGAGGCGGCUGGCUUGAUGAACACCUUUCCCUGCAUGGUCAUCCGCGGCAUCUGUGACUACGCCGACGCCCGCUGGCACGUCACCGAGUGGCGAGGCUACGCCGCCAUGGCGGCGGCGGCCGUUGCAAAAGACCUCCUGGGCAUGGUUGUACCGAGCCAGCUGGCGGCCGAGAAGAGCAUCGCCCAGCUGCUCGGCCAAAUUGGUGCCGACGUCGGCAACAUGAAGACGGUGACAAGCAGCACCAAGGUCGAGGUGGGCAACUUGCGUGAGGCCGUGCUCAAUGCCGACCAGAGAGCGGUGCUUGAUCGCCUGCCCGCCUCCAACGCCUCGUUUGACUCGACCGAUGAAGAAGUCCAGCCUAGGUGCUUCCCAGGCACGCGAGUCGACAUCCUCGAGCAGGUCAUCAGCUGGGCUCAGCACUCGGACGCCAGCAUGAAGUCGAUAUUCUGGCUAAACGGCAUGGCGGGAACCGGCAAGUCGACUAUAUCUCGUUCCGUCGCCCGAUGCUUGGACGAAAAGGGCAUUUUAGGCCUGGCGUCGAGAAGGCCGGCCAUUGCCCCUCGUAUCAAGGAAGCCAUCGAUGCCGACUCUAGCAUCUGCACCAAGGGGCUUCUGGUACAGUUCGACAAGCUUCUGCGAGAGCCCCUAUCAAAGGUUGCGCAGGAAACCAGUCACGGAUCCGAGUCACUCGUUGUCAUCAUCGACGCCUUAGACGACCGGCCAGAACUGCCCAUCUACCUCGGGUUCAAGUCGAUUGAAGGUGACUACCAGGACAUUGCUCUGCAUCAAAUCGCCGAAUCGGCAAUAGAGCACGAUAUCCGUCUUUUUCUCGACCACGAGACGAAGCGGAUCCGAGAUGAGCACAAUGUCCUCGCCCAGCUUGGGGGGGAACUGCCCCUAGACUGGCCCGGAAUAGCCACGACGCUGUGUCUCGUAAACAUGGCGGUUCCGCUCUUCAUCUUUGCCGCCACUGAGGUGCUGCGCUACUCGACCAAAACUCAACGAUCUCGAAUGGAGGCCACGUACCGACCCGUCUUGGACCGGCUGCUUGUCGACCUGUCUUGCGAAGAUAGAGACAAGGCUCUUGGGCGGUUUCGACAGAUUGUCGGCUCCAUCAUCAUCCUCGCGAGUCCGCUGUCGACAAUCGCCCUAUCACGGCUUUUAUCCAUGGCUCAAAAAACCAUUGACAACCAGCUGCGCAGGCUUCAUUCGGUCCUACGGGUUCCUCGAGAAGCCUCGGCGCCGGUGAGGCUUCUGCACCUUUCUUUCCGCGACUUCCUCAGCGACCCCGACAAGCGGGACAAAAACCCCUUUUGGAUUGACGAAGAACAUGGGCACCUCGAAUUGGCGCAUCGCUGUCUAGCCGUCAUGACAGAGUCGCUACGGACCGAUAUCUGUGAGCUGAAGCUGAAGAGACUGGAAGCGUCCAUGCCUAGCCAGGUGCUCACGGUCGAAGUGAUCAUUCAUCACGGCUGGUCGGCAAUAGGAAAAAGUUCUCUCCUCAGCAGACAUGGCUCCAUCGCCGAUGCAACGCGGACACUGUGUCUCCCUCAUGAGGAGCGGGAAUUUGUCGGGCUUUAA